AACUGCGAGACUUUAACACCAGCACCAGCGAGAGAUCAGUUUCAGGAGGAGCUGGUCAUCCGGCCCCUGCAUUCCGGAGACAUUUAUGCCAGCUUCCUGUUCCGCUCACUGUGGGACACUGACCUCCUGCAAGAGGGACAGAAGAAGGUUUCUCAUUACCGGCUGUUCCCCAAAUCCCUCGGCCAAGUGCUGUCCAAGUUCUCGGUGCGAGAGCUGCACAUCUUGUUGAUGCAGGGCUUCUGGAGGACCAUGCUGUGGGGGCAGCCCUUCAUCCCCUCUCCCCCUGGAGCAGAGCUGUGAGUGUGGAUCUUCUGUGCAUCUCUGAACUUCAUGGACCUGACCAACACCGUACAGCCCAGUGCUUCUUAUAAACCUCUGGGUCUGGGGAAUGCUACAGAUCACCGUUUUUUACGUUAUGCAACAUUACCACGUGAAAUUGUCUUCACGGAGAAUCUCACACCCUGGAAGAAGCUUCUCCCUUGUGGUUCUAAGGCAGGUCUGGCAGUUCUCCUGAAGUAAGAGAAGCUGUUUCACAGCAGUUUCCAUUCCCAGGCGGUUCACAUCAAACCCGUCUGUCAGGAUGAACGAUGCACAAGUAAAGCGUGGGAGCUGAGACAAACUCUAAACGUUGUGUUUGAUCUCUACUCUUCAGGCCAAACAGGGUGAGUAAUAAAUGAACAAUGGUCUUUGUUCAAGAUGUUUUCUCGAACUCUGACAGAGGCUUGUCCUCUUGCUACCUCUAGUAAAGUCUACAUGGACGUCACAGACAACCCUGAGGGGGAGCUGUUUGAGUUGAGUCCUGGGACUCCUCUGCUCAGCCAAGCUGUGGUGCUGGGGGAUCGCAGGACAUAUUCCAUGUUUGACCUGAGCAGAGCGGAGACAUUUGGCCACUUACGUUCACUCUAUCUCUUUCUGCGCUGGAGAGGAGAUAAUGCUGUGGUUCUUCCUCCUCGUGCUUCAGGCGAAAUGCUGUCUCCCCUGCUGCAUGCGGAGCGCUGCGUGGCUGGUUUUGGGCUGCAGACCGGGGAAAUCCACACCGUCAUAAACAACCACCCAUAUCGAGCUUUUCCUGUGCUGCUGAUGGAUUCAGUGUCCUGGUACCUGCAGCUGUACAUUCACACCCUGACAGUCACCAGCAAGUCCCGUGAUAACAAGCCCAGUUACACUCAGUACCAGCCUGCUAAAGACCACCAUCGUCCUCAUCUGCUGGAGAUGCUGAUCCAGUUACCCCCUCACUCCAUCACCGAGGUCACUCUACAGUUUGAAAGGGCCCUGCUCAAAUGGACGGAGUACACCCCUGAUCCCAACCACGGCUUCUACGUCGGUUCAUCUGUGGUCAGCGCCCUUGUGCCAAGUAUGGUUGCAAUGAACACCAACUUCAUACAAGACCCACCAUUGUUUAGCCUUGCCCCCAACCCCCCGAAAAGCUGAAAAUACAAGAUAUAUUCAAAAUGUAGAUGUGUUUUUCUUUAUCAGGAAUUUAUCAUUACAUACACCAGUGGAUGCUUUGUAGUGAAUGGGUGCCAUCAGACUGAGAUUUUAAACAGCUGAUGAAAGCAUCACAAUAAUCUACAAGUAAUCCAAACCACGCCAGUCCAACAGUGAAUGUAUUAUGAAAUGAAAAUCUGCACGUUUGUAAGAAACGAAUCCCACAUUAAGGCGUUUUAUCGCUUUCUGCACUGAUGUCGUCUCGUAUGAAUAAGAAGAAAAAAAUGCACAGAUCAUGCACCAUUUACAAGCAAAAACAGUUCUAGACAAAUAUGUUGGUGGAUUUUGAUGUAAGAGGACAACAGGAAUUUUUUUUUUUUUUUUUAAGCAUUAUUAUAGAUCAUGGACUCGUGUUUUCGGCCAAAAGCAGCAAUUUGAGGUCAAAAAACAUCUUGAUGGAUUUGUUUCUUACAAACAUGCAGCGAUUUGCUUCACGAGAAGAUAAUUGAAGGACUGGAGUGGCAUGGAUUAUUGUGAUGUUUAUAUCAGCUGUUUAGACUCUAAUUCUGAUGGCACCCAUUCACUGCAGAGGAUCAACUUGUGAGCAAGUGAUAUAAAGCUACAUUUCUCCAAAUAUGUUCAGAUGAAGAAACAAACUCCUCUACAUCUUAAAUGGUCUGAGGGUGAAUACAUUUUCAGCAGAUUUCCAUUUUUGUGUGAACUAUUCUUUUAACAGUGAGAAAGUGUAUCUAAUUUGUAACGUUUGGACUUUAA